GGGCGGGACCCUCCCCCGGGCGAGGGGCGGGCUCCUGGCUGCGCGCGCUCCCGCUUCCCCGCGCUGCGCCGCAGAGGCGCGAUGGCACCGACCCGGGGGCCCAGAGUCAAGAAGGGCCUUUUGGAACGUCUGGAUAGUGGGGAGGUUGUGGUUGGAGAUGGCAGCUUUCUCCUAACGCUGGAGAAGAGGGGCUACGUGAAGGCUGGGCUCUGGACUCCAGAAGCCGUAGCAGAGCACCCACACGCAUUUCGUCAGCUUCACAUGGAAUUCUUGAGGGCGGGAUCAGAUGUCAUGCAGACUUUCACCUUUUCUGCCAGUGACGACAAUAUGGAAAGUCAGUAUUUUGAACAUGCUGUAGAAGCUGUGUGGGCUGUAGAAGUCUUAAAAGAAUCUGGAAAGCCUGUGGCAGCCACUAUGUGCAUAGGCCCAGAGGGAGACAUACAUGGUGUAACACCUGGAGAAUGUGCUGUGAAGCUGGUGAAGGCAGGGGCUUCAGUUGUUGGUGUGAACUGCCAAUUUGGGCCCUGGACCAGCCUGAAGACCAUGAGCCUCAUGAAGGAAGCACUACAGGCUGCAGGGCUGAGAGCACAUUUGAUGGUGCAGUCCCUGGGGUUCCACAUGCCCGACUGUGGCAAAGGAGGGUUUCUGGAUCUCCCUGAAUAUCCCUUUGCACUGGAGCCCAGAGUUGCAACCAGAUGGGAUAUUCAAAAGUAUGCCAGAGAAGCCUACAACCUGGGGGUCAGGUACAUAGGCGGGUGCUGUGGCUUUGAGCCUUAUCACAUCAGAGCGAUUGCAGAGGAGCUGGCCCCGGAGAGGGGAUUUUUGCCACCAGCUUCAGAAAAACAUGGCAGCUGGGGAAGUGGUCUCAAUACACACACCAAACCCUGGAUUAGAGCCAGGGCUAGAAGGGAAUAUUGGGAGAAUCUGCGGCCGGCUUCUGGUAGACCUCUCUGUCCUUCACUGUCAAAGCCAGAUGCCUAAGGAGUAAUGAAAGAAAACACUGAAGCAGCAGAAUGGAAAGAAAUCCCCCCAAACCCCAUCUGGAACGCUUCCGCGCCUCUGUCCUCAGCCCACCCUGUCGUCUCCAGCUGUAGAACAAGUGGCAGCUUAAGCGCUGACGAUUCAACACAGGGUUCGUCUUACAGUCCUGCUGUGCUUCAGCGAGAGCUGGAUGCUGGGCGAGAUGCAAAGCUGAUGAGAAAGGCUUCUCGUCCUCCAGGUACUGACUGUCCAGUAUGCUGUAGGACAUGCUUUGGAAGGGCAUCAAGAAUGGUAAAACUUGCCAGUUAGAGUGAAUCUGAGAUUUUAAAAUAACCCAAAGUUAGUGAGCAACAAACGCAGUGAUUAAUUCAGGUGACUACACUAGGUACAGAAGGAUAGAGCAGCAUUCUAAACUAAAAUUAAAGCAAUGAGUCUGCCUUUCUUAAGUGACUUGUAUAAUGACUCCAAAGGCAAUCCCAAAGGAACAGAUGCAUAAAAUAUUUUAGGACUUUUUAAAAAUAAUCAUAUAACCUUCCAAAGUGAUUAGGUUCAAAGAUAAUUUUACUUAAAGGUAUUAGGUCCCAGAAUUUUUUCAGUGUAUCUCUAUAAAUCAUAAAUAGUUAGAUUAUAAACCACUAAGGACAAGGACCAUGUGAGAUGCUUCUUAUAUUUUUCCUCAAAGUAUUUAUCAUUGUGCCAGGCAUAGUAAUAGAUGCUCAGUGAAACACUGAUUGUUGAUUAUUUUAAAUAAGUAAAUAAAUAAGCAAAAAUAGAUUAACAGCUGAAGAAGACGUUUGUAAAGGUCAGAGUUCAAAUCUGUCACCGUCUAAUAUUCUCUUGACAUUGUUUCAGCUAUUUUGUUACAUGCUGAUUUCUCUAUUUUUCAAAACAAUGCAUCAAUUUGUAAUAAUUAAUAAAAUUAAAAAUAAUUUA